AUGUCUCAAAAGGCUUGGGCAGUUGUCAUUGGUAUCGGACCUGGAACAGGGGCAAGCGUGGCACGUCGCUUUGCCAAAAACUAUGCAGUCGCUUUGCUAGCACGGAAACCAGAGAACUAUGAGCCGUUUGUGAAAGAGAUCAAUGAUGCAGGCGGCAAAGCGAUUGGUAUCAGUACUGACACCGCGGACGGUAAGAGUAUCCAGAGCGCCUUCGACCAGAUCAACAAGGAAAGAGGAAGUGCGCCCCUCGCUGCGGCUAUCUUCAAUGUAGGUGGAGCGUUCAUUCGAAAGCCUUUCCUUGAGUUGUCAGCGCAAGAAUAUGAGGGUGGCUGGCAAGCCAACGGGUUGGGUGGCUUUUAUUUCUCUCAGGCUGUGAUUCCGCUGCUACUUGAAGCAGUAGAUAAAACAGAACACCCACCAACUUUGAUAUUCACCUCUGCAACGGCAGGAUUGAGGGGCUCCGCCAACUGCGCUUCGUUUGCCACGGGUAAAUUCGCGUUGAGGGCUUUAUAUCAAUCGCUUGCCCGAGAAUUCGGUCCGAAGGGAAUUCACGUCGCUCAUGCCAUCAUUGAUGGUGUGAUCGAUAUUGAACGGACCAAGCAUUAUAAGUUUGACCAUCCAGAUGCAAAGAUCUCACCCGACGCGAUCGCGGAUUCUUACUGGCACUUACACACUCAGCCUCGAACCACCUUCACCAACGAGCUCGAUAUUCGACCCUACAUUGAGAAGUGGUAA